AUGAAGAAAUUGUUAUUGCUAUUGCUUGCUACCUUGAGUUUUGCUGAGGUCUGUGUAGUCAGGGUAGGAAUGACAUAUUACGAAGCAAGAGAUUUAGAAAUAAGUCGGUUCAAUUGUUAUAUGAACUUUGAUGGAUCCAUUGAAGCCCUAACAAGAUGGAUUGAUAUAAUUGAACACCGAGAAUAACUGUUAAAUGACUUGGAAGUGUUGGCCAAGAUGAUAAAGAUUAUCGAGAGUGCGAAGUAGGCUACGACAGUGAUUCGUGAUUAUGAGAGAAAUCGUCCAUCUUUCAAGGCAUUCCUAUAAAAUGAGUGGACAUCUUGCAGGAUUGAAGAUGCUUAUGAAUAUGUUCAGCGUUUGAAUGCUUAGAGAUCAAAGGAAUAACGAGUUGCAUUGGCUAAUUCGAUUAUAAAUUACUUAAGAAAUGCUGAAAGAUAAAUCUAUGGAUAUGUGGAUUCAUGUCGAAAUGUUAAAUUAACUACUCAUCUGAAAUAGAAGAUUGCAUAAUUGAAGGCUUUGAAAUAGGUUUGUGAAUAGGAACUCAAAAAACCAUCACCAAGGGAUGUCAUUAUAGAAAGCGAUGAUGAUGAUGUGGUAUACUAUUUUGAAGAACAAGUCAACGAAGAUGUUUACGAUUAUGUUUAUGUUUAUGAAGACGAAAUGGAAGCUUAAUUCCCAGUUGAUGAUUCAGAGCCAUAGGUUUAUAAGCAUUCCUAAAAUCCAAAGGUGACCAAGAGUACUGUCAUAAAGACCAGAGAAAUAUAUGGUGCUUAAAAGGAUACGAGCAAAGUGGUUGAUGCUCAUUCUACCUAUGGACCUAUUGAAUAUAUUAAAAGUGGGGUUGGAGAAGAGUGCGAAUAUUAUGGAGAUACAGUUAACUAGCCAGAGCCAGAUUAUGUGGAUGGAAUGGAGGAAACCGAAGAAAAUCCUUAGUAAGUUACUGAAGAUCCAGUGCCAGAUGAUGAAAAAAUUACAGAGGAGGAGGCUACAAUUGAAAUCGCAGAGGAAACCAUUGAAGAAAUUACUUAAGAGGAGAAAAGUGAUGACAAGAAUUAAGUAAAGCCAAAGAGAAAGGAAAAAAUAUAGAAGGAAGAUAAGCCAAGAAGAAUAAAUUAAUAAGAUGCAGAAGUAAUUACUAAAAAGAAAAAAACUGAGGAGAAAACAGAAAAUAAAUAAAAGAAAUAAGAAGAUAAAAAGGAUGAGGUUGAUGAAUAAAAUGAAAAUGGAGAAGAAGAAGAAGAAGAAGAUGAAGAAUUGUGUGAGCCUUAGGAUGGGAACAAAACAAAGAAGGUUGUGAAAAAAGUGAAAAGAGAUGGGCCACCUAGUCAAUCUGGUUAGAGGACAAGAAGAGAAGCCAAGUAAGAGAAGAAAAUGGCAAAAGAGUAGCCAUUGCCUGCAAUUUGUUAUGGAAAUGAGAAUUACGUUGAAGAAGUUAUUGCAGAAGAAGUCAUUUAAUCUUCGGACAAGGGAGCUAACUACCUGGCUGUUGAGAACUUACUUAAUGAUGUUGUUAGUGAAGAAAAACAUGAUGAUCAUAAUGAACAUGAUAGAUCAGUCAAAUUGACAUCUGUUAAGGAUGAAUUCAAUGCAAAUGAACCAACACAAUUUUAACCACCUAAACAUAGAGCAAGCAGUGGUAGAGUUCAAGAAAAGAAAGCUAUUGCUGUGAACACUAAGUAUUUCAAUUCAGAAUUUGAUGGAGAACCCACUUAAGUAUUUGAAUUUGAGGAUAGAGCAUUAUUGCAAGAUGCGUCUGAAUAUGGAUAUGGGUAUUGGGUGAGAUUCAGUGAACACUCAAUUAAGUAGCAUGCUCGUGAGGAGGGACAAUUCUAUUUCUUAUCAAGAAUGACAACCAAUGAAGAAUAUGAGGACUUUACUUUUUAUGGAGACAGAACAUUAGCAGUAUUUUUAUAUGACAAUUCGUUUGUAUUUUCAACGUAUGAUAUUACAACUUAAAGUAAAACUAAGGAUACUAAUGUUGUAUUGAAUGAGAACAUGGAUAGUGUUUGGUAUUUUGUGGCAUACACUUACAGCUCUUAAUAAAGAAAGGCAGUUGGAUAUAUAGUAAAAUAUGGAUAAGGUGCACCCAAAUAUAGAAUUGAAAUUGAGGCUUAGCAUGUACCACCAACAUAUGUAAAGUUCAUUUUCGGAGGAAAGCAUAUGGAUUAUCUAGGAUUGAAUGGAUAAUUUGCUAACAUCUUUUAUGACGUUGAUGCUCCAGCAUUUAUUGAUGGAGAUGACUCCUUGGAAGAGACCAUUAAUACUCUGAGUAACAUGCCUCAAUAGUUGCCCAUCUUGAUAGAGGAAACAAUUAUCAGCAAACCAAUCACAAUCAGUGGCAAUGAGAAGGGGGAGCACUUUCAUUUUGACCCACAAGAGUCACAAUUAUUAAUUGAAGAAUAUGCAGUCGCUUUUUGGUUUAGAUGGGUGGAUGAUCUUAAAGUGGAUGAACCUAAUGCCUUUUAACUGAUUAAUCUGAGAUCCAAUAAAGUGCGUACUUAAGGAAAAGGAGUGCUGGGUGAUAGAGCCUUGGAAGUUCAUCACGUAUAUGGUGGUGGCAUUAAGAGCAAUGUAUAUUUUAAUACCUACACUGUUUAUGGAAACAGAGGAAAAGGGUCUGUAAAUAUAUUAAAGAGUGUUGAAAGUGCUGAAUAUAUAUGGACUUAUGUGUACUUUGGGUAUAAGGAAGGAAGAGCCUAUGGGGCCUUGAUAAAACCAUAGGUAACUGGAGAAGUUAAAUUUGAUGGAGUGUAUCAUAAAUAAGCCAACCAUUUGAGUGUUACGGUAGGAGGGGAUGAGACAAUUUCACCAUUCAAUGGAAAGAUAGCCUUCGUUGGUAUUUAUUUGGGCGAAGGAGCCUACAGAGAAGGCCUUGAUUUUUAGACUACUUUUAAUUAUGGAGAAGGAGUAAUGGCAGUGUAUUAGGUAGGCAAGCCAAUUACUUACAUGGGAGUUGAUUAGAGUAGAUAUGUUGAAUUCGAUUAAGCAGACAAUGUAGUGGAUAAAAUCAUUAUCCACGAUGAAAAUGCAAUGAAAAUUAAUGGCUAAAGUGAAUAUGCAUUUGGUCUUUGGACUAGAUGGUUGACUACAUUGCCAAAAUAUUUGAAUAAGAGAGCACCAGUCCAUAACAUAGCUAGAGUCGGUACUUAAGGUUACAUAAUUGAAUCUGAGAAUGGCAGAUGGAUCAGAGCUAAUGGAGGGAGACCUCAAACUUUGAAAGAUACAACCUUGGCUUGUGUUUUAACUUAAGAAUCAUAUGAAUUUUAGACUCUUAAUCUUAAAGAUGAUAUCCCAUUCACUAAUUUGGAAGGACAAUGGAAUUAUGUUUAUUUUGGAUAUAAGAGACAGGGGGAUACUGGAGUUGCCAAAGGUUAUAUUCAAUUUGGAGUGGAUGGUGAAAUAGAAGAGGUUGCAUUCACUGUCUAUCAUGAUUUCUUAGUGGAGUACGUUGAAUUCAUUGUUGGAAAGACAUCAGCCCCAUUAUUUAAUGGUGAAUUAGCAAGAGUUACUUUUAGCUUUGGUCCUGGAGCAUUCGUACCAAAUAAAGAUACGUUGAGAUUGUUUACAUAAAAUUCAUUACCAGAAAAGGCCUAAAUACAUCCAGUCACCAGAUAGACUUUACAAUUGUUUGGAUCAGCAAUUACAAUAGCUGAAGAUCCCAUCUAAUUUGAGUUUGAUAAAUUUUAGGGUGCUGAGGAGUACUCAGUUUCUGGAUGGGUAAGAUGGGCUGGUCCACUAGUUACUGGUAAGGAAUCCCAUGUGAUUACAUUGGCUUAAAAGAGAUUACUGGAUAUAGAUGGAAACAAAGAAGAGACCUUGUAAAUCAUAAGAGGAGACUCGCUUUACAGAUUUAUUACUUACACUAAUAAUGGUAAAUUGAUACCUGCUGAACAGGAGUUUCAUGAAUAUGCUGAUCAAUGGACCUACAUAUAUUAUGGGUAUUCAAAGUAAUAACUGAAGACAUAUGGUUAUGCAAGAUUCGCAUUUACAGAUGCUGAAUUUACACAAGAAAACAUAUCCCAUUUCUACUUAGCUGUUUUCAGCAUUAUUGUUGGUCAUGGAAGGUAGUCCUAUGUAGAUUUCAUAGGGUAGAUGAAAACUUGGGUGGUGAAUGUAGGAUUUGGAGCAUAUAGAGAGGGCAAUUUUGAGGAGGAUGAGAAUAUCAAAAUUCAUUUUGGAUUUAUUAGUGGAGCUGAUCAUAUCAAAUAGGCAGGAUAGGAGGCUCAUCAUGAGGAGAAGGUCUUGGAAUGUGCAACCAAGGAUGAGGAACCUCCAAUGUAGAUUCAUUUCGAGUAAAGUUCAAGUCUGUAAUUGCAUGGAGUUUCAGAGUAUGGAUAUGGAUUUUGGUUGAGAUAUCAAUAUUUUGGAUCUAAAUAAAAGAUUUAUGCAUAGCCUCAAUUAAUGGGAGUAGCCAGAUUAACAAGUAAUAAGGAAUAUAAGGAUUUCGAUAAUCCAGGUGAUAGAGUCUUGUUGGUGGUGAUGGGUAGAAAGGCCUUUUCUUUUGGCACUUAUGAUGUUAUAACCAAAUCAAACAAUGUUGGAGGGGAUCUCGAGUACAGAAGAGAGAGUGAGGGAGAAUGGUAAUAUCUUUAUUUCAGUUAUAAGAGACACACAUAAUAGGAGGGACAUGCUAUAGCAUUUACAUAAUUUAGAGAUCACACUGAAGGAUUACAGAUGGAUGUAUUGCAUUCUUUAUUAACUAAUUAUUUAUAUUUCUCAGUUGGUCAUGCUGGUAAAUACUAUGUUAACUUCAAUGGUUAAAUAACCAAGGUUAGAAUUAAUUUGGGUCCAGGAUCUUUUAUUGAAAAUAAGGCAGAUUUGUUAUCUAAAAUUAAGACUAAGGAUACUAUUCCAGAGAUCGAAUAAGAUGUUAGAAAACUUGAUGAAAAACAUCACUUAACAAAGUUCGAAUAAGAAAUUAGAGAGUAUGGGGUUUAAUUGUGGUUUAGAUGGUUCAAGAGCUAAAAGAGCACUUAAUUAAUGUAUAGAUUAACAACAAAUGGAGAGGACACUCUUGGAGAUGCUCAGAAGAUAGGUGAUAGGACUUUAGUGAUGUGUCAUACAGAAGGGUUGGAAUUCAGUACUUAUAGUUUGGGUGAUAAGACAGUUCAAUUAAAUAAUGCAUAUCCAGUUUAGAUUGCUAAGUAGAAUUUGGAAGUGUGGACAUUUGCAUAUUUUGCUUAUUCAAAGGAGAGUCAACAAAUAGUUUAUUACAUCAAUAGUGAAGAGAAUGAGUAACAUGCUUUAGAGUCAGCCUUGCAUGCAGUCUCAUCCAAUUAUUGGUUUUAUUUGGCCAAAGAUGCUCUCUUGAAUUCGUAUGAUAGUCGAUUGGCUCAGGUAGUAUUGAAUUUAGGAAGUGGAGCAUUCAGAAAGGAUAAUUUCAAGGGUUUGAUGGUUUAUCUAUAGUCUCCAAAGCUAUUCAAUCCAAAUGCAAAAUUACAAUGGGAUUACGAAGAAGAUGAAUUGGUACUAGAUUCCUAAGAUGCUGAAAAGUAAGGUGUUACAGUGAGAAUUGCUGAGCCAAAUCAAAAGAUCGAAAGCAUUUAAGAAUAUUCAGUUGGGUUAUGGUUACGAUUCUUGUAGGCUUGGCCAUCAAGAUUAUGGAAUAUUCCAAGUGAGAUGUAAAUAUUCAGAUUGACAUCAAAUGAGGAAUUGGAGAAUGGCAAGAUUGCUAUUGGAGAUAGAGUAUUGAGUGCAUACUUGGUACACGAUAACUUCUACUUUGGUGCCUAUGAUAUCAAUGAGGACGCUCCUAAUGAGAUAUCUACAAUCUCUUACUCUUCAUUGGAAGGUAGAUGGCAUUACAUAUAUGCUGGUUAUAAGAGAUCCAUAUAGGAGGCUGUCUAUUAUGUUUAUGAUGGAGAACACAUUCAAAAAGCAAAGAAUGAACAGUUAUUGUAGAGACCAUUGAAUGAGUGGAUUAAGUUGAUCUUAGGUGGAGAGAAGAAUGUUGCAGGAUUUCAUGGAUUGUUCAGUCAAAUUUCAGCUCAUCUGGGAAAGGAAGCAUAUGUAGAAAAUGAGGAAUAACUCCUAAAAUCAAUAGAAUCUAGUUAUGCUUUGCCAUUGGAAUUAACUGUAGGGUACAUUCAAAAGUAGAAGAAGGGAUAAGUGGAGCUAGAACAAUAUAAGAGUCAAGAACUAACUCAAUUAUAAGGAAUUGGAGAAUAUGCCAUAAGCGGGUGGUUUAAGAUUGCUGAAGUACAAGCUAAAAUUGAAGGGGAGAUUAAUUCACCUUGUUAAGUCUUAUUCAGAAUAACCAACAAUGAUGAAGAGCAUCUAUCUGAUAGGAAAUAGUAAGGAGAUCGUACAUUGUAUGCUUAAGUGUGUACAAGUGACACAGUUAAGGAUUGGAAUGAAGCCAAGUUUUUGGAGGCAAAAGCAGAAAUGGGAAAUUCUAAACGAGCUUGGACAUACUUCUACAUGAGUUAUAGCGAAGAUAAGAGGGAGGUGGCAACAUUGAUAAAAUUAUUCGAAAAGGAUGUUCCUAUUGUAUUCAAGGAUGUUCAACACUUUGUUGCCAAUAAUAUGUUUGUUUAUUUGGGCAAAGAUUCUUUUAGCAGGAAAUUCUAAGGAGAAUAACACAAGUGGGAAUUACUAUUUGGAUCUGGAUCUCACACUUAUAAUGAAGAAACCAUGCCAAAUCUGAGAUAUAUUAUUAAGAAUCAGAAAAACAUGUGGUUCUCAAAAGAGGACAAGAAAAUUGACACUAAAUUCGAAUAAAGUUUCGAUAAAGAAGUUGAAUCUGUAGAUGAAUAUGCUGUUGGGAUGUGGACUAGAUGGUUGAUAGCUUUCCCAACUACUUUGACUGAAAGAUCUGAUACUCACACCAUAUUCCGUCUAUCAUAGACCUUGGAAUAUUAGGAUAAAGCAGAAUUGGGAAAUAGAGCAUUAUCUGCAUUCCUCAAAAAAGGAUUUUAUGAAUUCAGCACUUAUGAUGCGUCUGCUCCAAACAAUGCAGUAGAUGCUAAAAAGGAGAAUGGAAUUACAUUUAUGCAGGUUAUAAAAAUAAAUAGUUUUAUGGAUUAAUCAUUUUUAGAGAUAGGGAGCAUGUCGAGGAAGUCAAGUUAGAUGUGA